CGCUAGCUACCUGACAUAAACCGAGUGCUGAAGAAAAAAAGCCUAAAUAAACGUGAAAUUAUCCUAACGCCGUCUGGGUUCCUGGAGUAAUGAUGGGCGGGAGGACCAGUGCGAUAGCCGCGGGGGUUUGUGGGGCUUUGUUCGUCGGUUACUGCAUCUAUUUUGACAAGAAAAGACGGAGUGACCCCAAUUUCAAGAACAGGCUGCGGGAACGGAGAAGAAAGCAGAAAGCAGCCAAAGAGAGGGCGGGCAUGGCAAAGCUUCCUGACCUGAAGGACGCAGAGGCAGUGCAGAAGUUCUUCUUGGAGGAGAUCCAGCUGGGGGAGGAGCUGCUGGCUCAGGGAGACUACGAGAAAGGCGUGGACCACCUGACCAACGCCAUCGCCGUGUGCGGCCAGCCCCAGCAGCUGCUGCAGGUGCUGCAGCAGACCCUGCCCCCGCCCGUCUUCCAGAUGCUGCUCACCAAGCUGCCCAGCAUCAGCCAGCGCAUCGUGAGCGCACAGAGUCUGAGCGAAGACGAUAUAGAAUAAGGAGCGGAUCGACCAGGAAAGUUGCCCCCCACCCCCCUUCAUCGCCCUUCUAUGGACCUUCUCCUUUCAUCAAGAGCUGCCAAUGCCUCAGCUCUGGCUGAUGUUCAUCAAUUUCCACCACGGCGCACUAAAGGGACAUAGUUUUUUAUUCCGGAGUUGUCCAUGUCAGGUGUUUUUUUUUUUGUUUUUUUUUUUAACUUAUGUUACCCGUUUUGGGGUACUGGAUUAAAUUGAUGGUAAAAGUUGAGGAAAACAAGCUAGCGUCUCCAUUUCUCACCUCGGUAGGUCACAUAUCCGUCUGGGCCGGUUUCGGACUCCAGCUCAUACUCCAGAGCGGUUAGCACCCAUGUUCCAGGUUUACAUGUAGGCACCAACCAAUCCCCCAGCGUGAUAUCAGGAGCAGGAAACGGAACCCCUCUCAGUCCGAUCGGGUAGUCUCCGACCAUUUCUUCUUCGGGUUAUCGGUUGUCUUACUGUUCGCUCUCGACUCGGAAUCACUUUUUUUAAAAAGUGAAAAAAUGUUUAACUCAAUUUGAAGAGGAUGACCCUCUGGGGAAAAAAAUAAAAAAGAGGAAAAAACAGUCCAGUUUACUGUGGUCUU